AGCGCAUGCGGUUAUCUAUGAGUGUCUUUCCCUCUCUCCGGCCUCCCCUGUACUCUAAUGAGUCUCAUGGGCGCAGAAAUCCCUCCCUCCUAGACCAUGAGGCUGGAUUGGCCCAGGAUAAAAGGCUGGAGCAAUGGGUAUAACUGGCUGCACCCAUACAGACUGUUACAGCAUGUUCCUUGCAGAAGGAGUCGCUCCAUAGAAGUCCGUACCCCACACCACUGGGCCUUACCAAGGAGGACUAUGCUGUACUACUGGAGGAAGAUGGCGAGGAGGUGGAGGAAGGUGGGAGUGCUGAGUUAGACAGCGAGGGUUCGUUUCGGAGCACCGCUUCGUUGGGGAGCACCGUAUGGGGGGACGACGAUGUUGACGAUAAUCUCAAUGCUUCAUCACUGGAAGACGAAGGAGCUCUAUAAGGCAUACAUACCAUACAACAAACCAAAACAUAACAUCAUACUGUUAGAAUUGUACAUCAUCAAGGUCACAAAUAUACUUGGUCAGAGCUGCAGCGGUGCUCCCCUCGUCACUAUCACUUUCCUCAGUCUUCGUAUUAUCGUCCACAGUUUUCUCUUCACUCUCACUCUCCUGAUCUGCCUCAGCUGGGAUAGCUUCCUUCUCAUCUGCCACUAUUUCUUCAUUUAGUGCUAGGGGAGCUUCUUCCCCGCCAUCUUCUACGACUAUUUCUUCCAUUAGAUCAGUUUCUUGUUCUGUAUCACAAAAUUUAGCCUGUGAAUCAAACUUUUCUGUUUCAGCGUCCAAAUCUGCUUCUGCCUUGUUUUGCAACUCGGCAUCAGUUCUGACAUCUUCAACCUCAUCAGCUGCCGCCUCUCCACCGUCUUCAGUCACAUUCAACUCACCAUGCUCCUCUGUUGUGACUUCUGUCUCCAGACGGACUCUCUGCAUCUUUUUCACCAGCUCCUCCUCCAUCUCCUUCCUCCUCUCCUUGCACUCCGGGCACACCUCCAUCCCAUCCUCGUUACAGUGGGUACAACGAAGAGCUCUGAACUCCAUCGUAAACUUGUUAGCCGUGCUGUUUUUGCUUCCUCCACACUUUCGACAUGGAAUGAACUCAAACCCACCACACACUUUGCAAUUAUUGGCUGUCUCGUACCGCUACAG